CUUGUCUUUUCUUUUUUUCUUUUUGUUAGCAAUUUAGCAUUAUCAUUAUUAGUUUAAGUUUUACAUUUUCUUCAGGUAAAUUAUUUUAUUUUCAUUUAUAAAAAGGUCUCAAAACCAUUCGUUUUCGUCUUAGUUUUUGUUUUUGUUUUAGUAUAUGAUAACCCUGAUACCCACACAAAUUAAUAUAAAUAAUUUUUUUUCCACAUUUGUUCCUGUAACCAUGACAUUGCUUUUUGUUCUCUUUUUCUGUUGUCAGGGAGACCCAGGAAAACAGGGGGAUCCUGGCAGAGAUGGUCUGCCAGGACUGAGGGGGCAGCAAGGGCCACCAGGACCAGCUGGCCCACUUGGAACUGCAGGAUUACCAGGAAAAGCUGGAGCAGAUGGGAAGCCUGGAGUUCCUGGGAAAAUGGGAGAGGAUGGCACACCUGGAGAGGAUGGAAGAAAGGGUGACAAAGGAGAAGUUGGAAAUGCAGGAAGAGAUGGACGUGACGGUCUAAAGGGUGAUAGAGGAAUCACAGGCCCUGUAGGUCCAGCUGGCCCUUUAGGUGCCCAAGGUCUUCCUGGUAGCAUCGGACCCCCUGGACAGGUGGUUUAUGCAAAAGGACAGUCUAUCCCAGGGCCACAGGGACUUCCAGGAACCCCAGGAGUGCCUGGGAUCCCAGGAGUUGUAGGAACCAGAGGUGAAAAGGGUGGAGCAGGUGCCAGAGGAGAGACGGGGGAUCCUGGGGAGGAUGGAGCUCCUGGCAAACCAGGAACAUUAGUGGAUGUCAGGAGGGCUUUUUCAGACAUGGGCAUUGAGGUGAACGAACUGAAAGUCCUGAUCAGUAAGAAGGAAGUGAAGCCCAUUGUUGAGAAAGGCCAGACAGGAGCAAAGGGAGAGUCGGGGCAAAGGGGACCAGCAGGACUUGAUGGCGCUCGUGGUCUUCCAGGGGAGCGUGGGGGUAAAGGGGAGAGUGGAGACAAGGGUCCCCCCGGUCCUCAGGGCCCUACCGGCCGUGCCAUUGGAGAACGAGGACCAGAGGGGCCGCCGGGUCAGGCGGGAGAGCCUGGAAAACCAGGAAUCCCAGGCGUGCCAGGACGUGCUGGAGAGCUGGGCGAAGGAGGAAAACCAGGAGAGAGGGGAGAGAAAGGAGGGAAGGGGGACAAAGGUGAUGCUGGACGGGUUGGGUUGACAGGGGCUGUAGGACCCCCAGGACCAAAGGGGGACAGUCAUGAGGCUGUGUCUGGUGUCCCUGGGCCCCGGGGUCUUCCAGGAGUCCAGGGCAUUAAAGGAGAGGCCGGGCCCACAGGACUGCCAGGAACCAAAGGAGACAGGGGUGUCGCUGGUUUUCGGGGUGAGAGAGGAGAGAAAGGUGAACCAGGAGAAAAGGGUCGUGAUGGCUUUGCUGGAACUGCUGGAGAACCAGGAAAACCUGGAUUGGAUGGAAAACCAGGUUUGCCUGGGUACCCAGGCGUGAUAGGCCGACCGGGUAAUCCUGGAGAACCAGGAAUUAGGGGACCAACAGGUCCAAUGGGUGGCAAUGGCCCUCCUGGUCCAUCAGGAGUGAAAGGCAACCAGGGAGAACCAGGUGUCGGCAUUCGAGGACCUCCUGGAGCGCAAGGCAGUAUGGGAUUGCCUGGUCCUUCUGGACCCCCUGGCACUGCAGGGCCUCAAGGGCCAUCAGGUCUACCUGGCCAGGUGGGUGAGAGUGGCAAACCAGGAGUACCAGGAAGAGAUGGCGUAUCAGGAAAAGAGGGAACACCAGGAUUACCAGGGAAACAGGGUAUUCCUGGGCCAGUGGGCCCCUCAGCACUGAAGGGAGAGCAGGGGGACAGUGGCCCCCCAGGGAAGAGUGUAGCUGGUCCUCCCGGACUGAAGGGGGAGAGAGGUCUCCCAGGUCAAACUCUACCAGGCACUGUGGGUGAGAGUGGACAACCUGGACUGAAGGGCGAGAGGGGAGACAAAGGUCCUGCUGGAAUCAAAGGAGAAAAGGGUGUGCCUGGAGAUGAUGGAACACCGGGUGAAGACGGGUUUGCUGGACCAGCCGGGCCUAAAGGAGACAAAGGGGAGAGAGGAGUGGGACUCGUGGGGCCUCCAGGGCGACUAGGACCUGCAGGGCUGAAGGGAGACACUGGCCUCCCCGGGUCCCCGGGCCCCCCAGGGCCUCAGGGUGCAGGAGGAAUCUCAGGUCAGCCAGGCCAAAGAGGGGAGACGGGGCUGCCAGGGCCCCCCGGACCUUCAGGAGAGAGGGGUCUCCAGGGCUUUGUAGGGAGAGUGGGCAACCCAGGGGCACCAGGACCUGCAGGACCUCCUGGCCCUGCAGGUGCACCUGGCACAAAUGGUCUCAAAGGUGACAAGGGCGAGUCUGGAGUGGGAGCCCCAGGAGGCAGAGGAGAGAGGGGUGACCCCGGACCUCGGGGAGAGGAAGGCCGUGCUGGACUGGAUGGAGAGCGAGGCCUUUUGGGCCCUCCCGGUAGCAGAGGGGACAGAGGAGAGAAAGGUGAUGGCGGCCUUCAAGGAGACAAAGGAGAAAAGGGUGAAACUCUGCUUGUGGGUGGUGAACAAGGGGAAAAAGGGAUCAAAGGUGAAAGGGGUGACCGGGGGCCCAAAGGGGUGCAGGGAGACAAAGGCCUGAAAGGAGAAGAGGGACCUCCAGGACAACAGGGCAUACAGGGAGAAGCAGGGACCAGAGGAUCCACCGGAUUCCCUGGAGCUCGAGGACCUGGUGGACAGAAGGGUGAAGCUGGAAUGCCAGGACUGGCAGGCGAAUCGGGCUCUCCAGGGAAAGAUGGCCUAUAUGGACUAAGUGGAGAAAAGGGAGAUUUUGGCUUUCCAGGGCCUCGGGGUGGCAAGGGGGACCGAGGCUCUAAAGGAGCCUGUGGAGCGUCUGGACCCAAAGGAGACAAGGGAGAUGCUGGUCUUCAUGGGCGAGCUGGAAUGCCAGGCCGCAAAGGAGAGCAGGGAGAACUAGGUCCUCCAGGCGUCCCUGGGUCUCAAGGCAAAGAGGGAAUUAUCGGUGUAAAGGGUGACAGAGGAUUUGAUGGCCUCCUUGGACCAAGAGGAGGUCAUGGGGAAAAGGGUGAGAGGGGGCCUCCCGGUAUCCCUGGGCCCCCGGGGCUAAGAGGAGUCGAUGGGGUGUCAGGUCUUACCGGCCCACAGGGGCCCGGAGGGGGCCAAGGGCCCGAAGGACUACAAGGACAGAAGGGGGAGCGUGGCCCUCCUGGACCUGCCAUGGUGGGAGCUCGGGGUAUUCCAGGUAUUCCUGGAGAGAGAGGAGAACAGGGAGAACUGGGACUGUCUGGAGACAAAGGAGAUAGAGGCGAUCCAGGCUUAACGGAGGAUGAAAUCCGCACAUAUGUUCGCACUGAGAUGAAUCAGCAUUGUGCUUGUGGAGGUGGGUUGGACUCUAAGCCCCUUGUCCCGGCUCAGUCUUACCGGACCGGCCCCAUGCUGGGCCGCACCCCGACCCGGUUGGGUGACGAGGGCCACGAGCUCCGUGUGGUGAUGAACACUAAUGAUCCAGACUAUCAGCACAUAUACUCAAUAGAGAGCUACGACGACCCACUCGCAGAGGUCGUCCAUCUACCCCCCUCAGCCAAUCAGAGCAAAGGUGAAGUAGUUACCGUUGAUCCCUUGAAAGUUGUGAGACCCAAGAGAGAGGUUGAAGACCCCUGCUUGCUCCCUCUGGAUGAGGGGAGUUGUUCCCGCUUCACGCUGCGCUGGUACUUUAACUCUGCUGUCCGUGCCUGCCGGCCUUUCGUGUACAGCGGCUGUGGGGGCAAUGCCAACAGCUUUACACACUUGGAGGAGUGUGAGGAGCAGUGUCUCUUAUGAGGGGUUGAACCAUCUGGCUGAUAAUUGGUUGCUUGAACAUUAAAUACUUCUUUCAUGGUGCUACAGUCUGAAGGAGCUCCACAUCAGAACCUUCCUCAAGUUCUAAUUUCCUUAUUUAUUUGAUGUCCUUUUGUUUUCGCAAAUAGACCAUAAAUAUACCAUACCAUAUACCAUAUAAACACAUAGAAACACAGGUGUGGAAGAUCCCCAAAUAUAAGUUUGUGACUUGCAAACUGUAAAACUAAACUGCCAAAUAUUUGUUCUGAUGGUGUAAGUAAUGUUGGUCAUUGUCUGUCUUCAAACCUCUGUAGAAAAGGGGACCAAUCUAAUCUGAUCACUGUGUUGAAAGAUGAAACAGAAAAUCGCGGCAAGGUGUUUUGUGCAUAGAAAGGAUUUGUAGUGUACAUAGUCAUCAACAGAGGAUAGGCCUCAUGAGACUCCAAAAGUGCAUGUUGACAUUUUUUUUUAAGUAAAACAGUGCUAUUUUUCAGAUGUAAUUUUUUUGCAUUGAUAUGUGUCAUGUAAUAAUUAUAUGUGGUCCAAUUUCAAAGUUUUCACUGGUACAGAAUAACGUUGGAGGGUGUAGUGUGUGACGGUCCAGUUAGCUUCAUAAUCAGAUCCUCUUAAACAUGUUCCAGGGCCUCCCCUCCCCUGACAUAUCCUUUAUCUACCCCUGCCCCAAGCGUGCCUACUUACAAUACACUAAAAGUCAAUAUAUUGUUUUUCGUGAACGCUUUUCACCUGAAAAGAGGGAUCCAACACUGCGAGAAAAGAUAAACUGCAAGACAGUUGUCAUUAAGUGUACAGAAUAAAGUCUGUGUAUAGUCAGUGCCACCAGUGUAAAUUGAAUCCCACACUGAUGAGCUCAGUCAGGUUUGCUGUGCAGGACCGGACGAGAGAUGGUGCAGAGCAGGCCCAGGAACAGUAGGGACAAUCCCUACUCUCAAACAAACAGUAGCACUUAAUUUGAAGGGCACCUAUAUAGCUAUUUCCACACAUUCAUAACCACUUACUCAGUUUUAAAAACAAUCGUUGAACAUUUAUGAACUUGUACCAGUAUUCACAAAAGGUGUACAACAGAGUAGACUGUUGACACAAGGAAAUACGCGAAAGCAAGAGCCACUCAUGUUACGUCAUCACACCACACUUAUUUUACCCAUGACACGGCGCCCCCUUAUGGCAGUACAGUGUCAUUUAUUUUAUGGCAGAUCUUGUGUCAUCUUCCAGGUACUGACAUAAGCUCUUUGUGAAAUACAUUAUGAGCGGCACUGCUUUGUAAGUGGUUGACCGGGCUUGAUUCUCGAUUGCUGCAUGGAUAAAAGUGUCUGCUAAAUGCCUGGCCUUCAUCUUCAUUGCUUAUGAAUGUGAUGUAAAAUCAUGAUGUAGGUACCUUUCAACUAAAGUGUUAUAACAAACAAUAAUAUACGUAUGAAUGGCACAGCAAAAAUGUCUUCUACUUCUACUGAAAAGGCUUUCUGUCUCCACUGCAUCAGAGUUUAAUCAGUGUGCAUUUCUCUCACAGACAUACACAGGUAUACAAGGUUGUGUGGCUGAAAAUGUUUAAAUGAAUGAAGCAGGGUGCUGAUAUUCUUAAUUGGUAAAAUUCACUGGAUACAUACAAAUUAUUUUUUUAUUUUUAGAUAUAUUUUUUACAUUUUUGUUGUAUGUAUUAAUGUCCUGUGAAUAUGAAUAAAUCCUCUGAGAUUUACACUGAUGUCACCUCCAUUUCCUUCUAAUCCUAAUCCUGAUUAUUGAUAAUCAUUGUUAGUGAUCAACAAACAUUCUAUAGAUGUUUGCCUAAACUGCUAUUUUCUGUGUCUAGUGAGUUAUAUAAACAACAUAUUAUUGCUAGGGUAAUUUAGGUAGUUGCUAGGGCGUUGCUAGGUAAUCAUAUUGGUUGCUAUGGUGGUUGCUAGGUUGUCAUUAUAGUAGUGGUUGCUAGGGUCAUUGAGGUGGUUGCUAGGGUAGUCAUGGUGGUUGUUAUGGUAAUUGAAGUGGUUGCUAUGCUGGUUGCCAGGGCGUUGCUAGGUAGUCAUAGUGGUUGCUAUGGUGGUUGCUAGGUUGUCAUUUUAGUAGUGGUUGCUAGGUUUUUGCUAGAGUAAUUGAGGUGGUUUGAACAAAGUUUCUACGUAAAGACAAUAAUAAUAAGUAUAAGAAGCCACCGGAUAACA